AGUGUUUUUCUCUAAAAGACAUUCUCCAGGACCGUUGCAACUGCUAUUGUUAUUUACGUCUUGGCCAGUAUCCUGGGAAGCUGAAGCGUGGGGGAGGUGACCAGCUACCCAGAUAAGAGUGCAUGGGAGCAAGGCCGAGUUCGGGUUUGUGUUUCCUGAGAGUUGAAGGAGUUUGUUGUUCUUGGACUCUUGUGAUGGCCACUAUUUCUGCGAGGUCCCAACCUUUGCGAAACCGCUUGUACAUCUACAAAGGCCUACCGUGCAACUCGCUGAUGGCUGAUACGUGUUCAGACAGAACUCCCCUCCACGAGGCGGCUUGUCAAGGCCGACUCCUUCACCUCAUGAAUCUCAUGGCUCAGGGCUUCCAGGUAAACACUCUCACCCUGGAUGGAGUCUCCCCUCUUCAUGAGGCAUGCCUCACAGGUCGCUACGCGUGUGCCAGGGUCCUCUUAGACAAUGGUGCAAAUGCUCAGGCAGUGUCAGCAGAGGGCGCCACACCUCUCUUUAACUCCUGCAGCAGUGGAAAUGCGGCUUGUGUCAGACUCCUCUUACAGCACGGAGCCUCCGUCCAGCCCAACCACCAGCUGGCUUCACCCAUCCACCAAGCUGCCAGAAAAGGUCACAGAGAGUGUCUGGAGCUGCUGCUGCUGUCGAGCGGAGCCCAGAUUGAUUUUGAGAUACCAGACGUGGGGACCCCGCUGUAUGUCGCCUGCAAGGCCGCGGCAGCGGAGUGCGUGGAGCUGCUGCUGCGUUCAGGUGCAGAUGUUGGCUCUGGAUGUGGGCAGAUCAGCCCUUUGCACGCUGCGGUUUGUGCUGGAGAAGCAGACGUUGUUCARCUUCUCCUGGACUUUGGGGCAGACAGAGCCAGCAGGAAUGCAGAGGGAAAAACUCCUCUCGAUCUGUCGGCACCAAACAGCGCGGUUCGAUUUGCUCUGCAGAGGAGAGCUCCCUGCUCUCUGUCUGAGCUUUCCCGUUUCUGCGUUCGCCGCAGUCUUGGGCGACCUCGUCUUCACGAGACCUCCAGCCUCUUCCUUCCUCRCAGUAUCAAGAACUUCCUCCUCUACAAAUGACACAUCUGUUGGCUACAUUGWCCUCCCAUCAAUCAUCGAUUGUCCUUGUAAAAUAGUUACAAAAGACUAAUAUUCUCAAGGAAACUACAACUGCACAUUUGUAUGUUUUAGGAUCAUAUUGCUUUUAAAAUCAUAUUUGCUAUUUAAGCUGUACUCACAGGUUACAUUUUAAAUGACUCAGACUUUGUAUGUUUUUAAAUCUGCCUGUUWAACAUCCAUUUCUUUACAAAACCUUUAAAAGGUGAACACCACCAGUUGCGUAUCUGGAUGUUCCCUUUCUUUCUGGAACUGUUUUCUGAAACCUUUGUGGCUCCACAGGGAGCUGUCUGAAUGYCAGAUAAAUCACAGUUUGUUGUGGCUGAAGAGAARAAGCUUGAUAAAAAGMAAUAAACAUUUUGCUGAGUUUUUAAAAAAAGUGAGGCUUUUAGAAGUUAUGUCUGCAGUGCGGCAUUUUCGUAACGCAGGUUCGUUAAACACCUGAUUCAUCCCAAGAUUGUUGCACAAGGAAGGAUUUCAACAGAUGAGGAAAAUGUAAUCCUUUUAGAUAAAAAACAGCAUUCCUCCUACAAUUUGUUCUCUUAACCCUCAAUAAAAUAUUUCACAGCUGC